AUGCUGCGAUUGUUAGCAUAUACUGUGCUGGCAGCAGUGCUGUACUACGGCGGCACGACAGCAGUCUCAUGGCGAAGAAACGUCAAGAAAGCACAACAAUCGGGAUUGCCCUACAUAUUGGUCCCGGUCUUCUUCUUGCAUCCACUAUGGCUGGCCGGACAUGUUUUUCUGCUGCCGCUCUUCAGCAGACUACCGCGGAGUUGGAUGACUUGGAUCGAAUACUGCAUUCCAGAUUUUGGAUACGCACAUCGCAUGGAUGCAUUUGAGCGAGUUGGCGCAGACACAUUCUUGACGGUUGCGCCGAGUGGCCUCGUCAUGUACACAUGUGACGCAGAUGUGAUCAAUCAGGUUGUUCAACGGAGGAACGACUUCCCGAAACCAUCGCCUAUCUACAGAGCGCUCAAGAUCUACGGCGGGAACGUGGUCUCGGCUGAAGGGAAUGUAUGGCGACAACAUCGCAAAGCUGUCAGUCCGCCGUUCACCGAAAAGAACAAUCACCUGGUCUGGCAGGAGACGAUUGAUCAGUCCCUUGCUAUGUUGAGCUCCUGGGUUGGUCGUGAUGGGAAAGGCGACAAGACGAUCGAUCGAGUGGCUGAUGAUACCAUGCGACUGAGUCUGCACGUCAUCAGUAGAGCUGGAUUUGGUCGGAAGUUGGAGUGGCCGGAGGACAACACGGACGUGCAGGUUGACAAGGACUAUGUCGAUCCGUCCAAGAUUCAGAACGACAUGGCUGGCGCCGACGAGGGUCAUUCGAUGAGCUAUGCCUAUGCCAUUCAUUGCUUGCUGGACAACAUUCUCUUCCAAUUACUCUUCCCUAGGUGGCUGUUGCGUACCGUGCCACUCAAGGCAUUCAGAAAGGCCAACGAAGCAUAUUCGGAAUGGGGGAACUACAUGAGAGAAGCCGUGGAGAAGAAGAGGACAGACCUGGAUGUUGGCAAGGAGGUCAAAGAAUCUUCCGAGUCGAUGGAUAUUUUGGCUGGACUGGUCAAGAGCCAGACUAAGGCCGACAAGCAGGCUCAUCUGGAGGACUCCGAGAUCCUAGGCAAUAUGUUUGUCUUGAUCCUGGCCGGGCACGAAACGGCGGCAAACUCGAUCCACUUUUCUAUGCUUUAUCUUGCGCUACACCGACAGAGUCAGCUUCGCUUGCAAAAGGAUGUUGAUGAUAUCUUCAAUGGAAAGCCUCCUUCAGAGUGGGACUAUGAUCGCGACCUGCCACAGCUAUUCGGCAGUAUGGUCGGAGCUGUGCUCAAUGAGGAGUUGAGGCUAGUAUCGCCAGUUGUCGCGAUUCCUAAAUCGACCUGGGGCGCACCCGACGCUCCUCUAACAGUCGAUGGCAAGACAGUCACAGUCCCUGCCGAGACGUACAUCGGGUUAGUGGUGGCAGCUUCUCACAGAAACCCUAAGCUUUGGCCGAUAAGUCCGCCGACCUACCCGGGUGGUAAGCCUGUGCAUCCGCGCUCGAACCUCGACAAUGACCUUGAAGAGUUUCGCCCAGAGCGGUGGAUCGUGACGGAGGAAGAGUCAAGGUCCAACAAAGACGCCAGGCAACAGAAGAAGGAGAACAUGGCGGCUAGGGCUGGUGGUGACCUCAACAUUGACGAAACCUCAGACACUUCUGAGAGAUUGUACAAACCGAGCAAAGGCGCAUACGCACCCUUCAGCGACGGCCACCGAUCCUGUAUCGGUCGUCGAUUUGCGCAAGUAGAGAUACUUGUUGCACUUGCGAUCAUUUUCCAGAACUACUCGGUCGAGCUCGCUGUGGACAGCUACGCCACGGAUGAAGAGGUAGCUAAGAUGGACGACAACGCGAAGGCUGAUGUUUGGCAGAAAGCAGCAGAGGAUGUGAGGGAAAAGAUGUUGAACAAUAUGGCGGCGGUCAUCACCCUUCAGAUGAGGAAAGGUACCGUGCCUAUCAGGCUUGUACCCAGGGGACAAGAAAAGUUUCCACCGAAUGUAGAUCAGAUCUGGAAGACGAAUCAUCCCGAAAAGUGUACAACAAAGGGUCGGCCGGACUGGAGGCCAUGGGAUGGAAAGCAGAUGUAUCAUGGAGCAUGA